UUUCCGGUCAAACAAAGGAAUCAUUUAAAACAAGCAGUAGUUUUCAAUUAAAUUAUGAAUGAAAAGUUGUAUUUCAUACCAUAUAUUACGUAUGAAAAUAUUCUAUAAGUAAUGUUCUAAAUGCCUAUGGAUGUGGUUGUUGCUUUGAAGGAGGUGUAUAUGUUUAUACUGGAUAAAAAUGAACCCCAUUAACAAUAACCAAUUUGAAGUGAGGUCAGCUAAACGAAAGGUAACAACGGGACCAAAUGUGUAUCUUAACCCAGCUUUAGAUCUCCUUGCUAAUGAAGAUCCUAUGUGUAAUACGGCUAUGGAAGUAACACCAAAUAAACGCCGAAAGAGGACUACCAGCUGCAACAUAGCUGCAUUUGAAAAUACUGCUUUAGACUUGGGCAUUAGUAAAGCAGCAGUUAAUGAAUUUUUAGUGAGGGAACUUCAAAAUGUUCACAAAAAUGUCAGAGCAUAUGAAACUCCAAUCAAAACUGUAAACACAAAUAAGGAUUCCAUUUAUGAAAAUCUGACUAAUAUUCCUCCACUACCCCCUAGAAAUCAGAGUGGAGAUAUGCUUACAAUGGAUAAUUGUCAUAUAAAUGAUAGCACAGAUAUUGACUCGGGUAUCUCUUUUGUGGAACAAAAAUCCUCAAAUGAACUGGAAAAUAAUGAUCUGUCACUUAUUAACAAAACAACUAACAUACAAGCAAAUGUUACAAAUCAGGUCUUUAUAAAUAACUCAAAUAAUCUUAAUCUCAGUUUUAUUGAUAGACUUGCUUUGGAUUCGCCACAACCAUCCAAUAAGUCACUGUAUUUAGAUGAUGAUUUAAAUGAAAGCAAUAUAAUGGAAAUUAAAACUAUUACCAUUAUUACUAAGAAAAAGAUUGUUCCCGUUAAGAAUACGAACCCCUUCCUUGAUCCCAAUUUAGAAACUAAAGUUGAAAGUACAGGACAGAAUCCAUUUUUGGAUGAUAUAGCAGUGCAUGAAAUGGAAUACAAUGAAGAAGUGUUAAACAGACCAAUGGAUAUUGUAGUGCCGGGUAAUAAUUUACAGCCGAGAAGACUAUUUAUUAAUGACACAAAUAGUACAAUUUCCACUGUCAAUGAUAAUGAACAUUCAUUAGGCAUAGAGAACAAUGAAUAUGAAAAUGUAGAAUUCCGUUCCGAAAGUCCUAUUUACGAAAACAUUGAUGAAUUGGUAAUUGACUCACACUACAACAAACAAAGUAAAAUUUUAGGCCAUGAUGUAUCCAAAUUCAAUUCAAUAGAUAUUAUGAAUUUAAACAAAAUGUCACAAGCAAAUAAUUCAUCUGAGUCAAAUGACAGUAAGAAACAUUUAAAACACCAUCUACUUAAGGCAAGUAAUAAAUUGUCAAAAAAAGUUUUCAAAACAUUGAAAAAGACUUUUAAACCGGAAAAGAUAGAACCAAAUGUAACUCUCAAUCCAUAUGAAGUGCCUCGUAAGCCUCCCAAAGAGAAAAUGGAUAAGAUAGAUUCAGGAAUCGAAAACCCCGCUUUAAAGCUUGACAAUUCAGAUGAUAUUGAGAUAGAAGAGUUGUGUGAAAAUGAAGAUGAACAGUAUGAAACAAUAAAAACGAUUAGGAAUACGCGCCUAAAUGAAAAUGUAACUCCCUUAAGGGAAAGAUGUACUAGCAAUGAUUCAUGUAAUAAAACAAACACACCAAGUAAGAAGGUGCGGUUUGAUUCAACGCUAAAUAGAGAGAAAAUUAUAACUGGAGAUAGUUUUGACUGUGACAUCCAAAGCCCGGGUUUUGACGCUAAAAUUGAUAGAUAUCAUGACGAGUUAGAAAAUUGUAUCAAUGAACGAAAGUUUAUCCAACAGAAUAUGUAACAUGUUUUUCAAACCUCUCUGGAGCGGAAACAUACUUAUUUAUUUAUUUACCAUAAUUACUUUAUAAUCCUCUGAGAAGAAGUUACUUAUUUACUAAAUGAAUUAACUUUGAUAGUGACAGUUAAGUACUUAAUUUUGUCUUUAAGAUAAACAAAAAUGUUUUAAAUAUAACAUGAUAUUUUCCUUUGUAUUGUUUAAGUUGUAUUACUAUUAUUUAUUUUUAAUGUAAGAUUUCAUAAAAUUGCAAAGACCAAAAAGCAUUAUUUCCAGACAGUUUUUGAAGCUAAAGUACCUGUAGCUUGCUUACAUUUGUACCUAUAUUACAGUUAGUAAUUGUUAGUAACUAUAAGAUUUUCGAACUGAAUGCUAUCUAAGUCAGACUUUGAAUUUUUGUCUUGCCUAAAUAUUAUAAUUAAGUAUGCAUUAUUAAUUUAUUUUUUAUACACUUAUGUACUAAUAAAGUAUACAUUUACA